CAGCUUUGUCAAUCCCGAUAGGCUUUCAGGACUAUACCGUCAUACCCAUGGUUUAUAGGGUGAACAAAUAGGGGCUUGUGCAGUUCGAGGCGUGUCUCGCAAUUCUCCGGUGUUUGACUGGCGCUAGAUGUUUGACGUUGAUCUUCAAAGACAAAAUCAGUCAGAUCAGAUGAGACGAGACGAGACAUACAGUACUUAGUCUGAGCUGUAUUUCUCACGCAAAUUAAGAACCGAAAGACCGGAGCCGUAAAGGUACCCCUUAAAAAGGGUGGGGGACGGCUGCGUGGACACCGGGGGAAGAGGAAAAGAAGAAAAAGGGGGGAAAGUAGGAAAAAGGGGGGUAUAUUGGGAUAUCUUUGUCCCCCCCAGUAGUACUGACGUGGAGAGGAGUCACAUGGUGCCCAUCUGGCUGAAUGGGUUAAAGAAGAGCCGUGUGAGGAGGAGGAAAACGGGAACGUGCGCUUGUUGAUCGUCUGGAGGAUUUCGGUCCGAGAUAUCAGCAGAUCGGAGCUUUUCUUAGGUGAGAGUAGGCGUCUUAAAGUUUUACCGUGAGCUGCCAGGAUCUACCCAUGCUGCUGCUCCAGAAGCACUAUAAUAAACCCAAAAUAAACGCCAGCUUUAUUGGAAAGUUUGUCAGAAGAGAUCAUCUGCGGUAUCCGGAGGCCCUAAGCCUAAGAGCAGAGGCUCGUUCUGCUGUUCAGCUGGCCGGUGAAUGACACAAUGCACUAAACUUCCGGCUGGCUAACAGAGGAGACAGCCACUGCAGCAGACAGAGGCAUCACAUUACUUUGGAUGGGGGCGGUGGUCGAGAUUUUCGGCAAGCUGGAUCUGCCCGUCCAUGUGGACACCCGUAAUCUGCGGCCACCAAUCAAUUGCCGCGAUUGUACACGCACAUCGUGCUGAGUAGCCCACCCCGCACUCCUGCACCAUGAGCUGGACCUUCCUGACACGCCUGCUGGAUGAGAUCUCCAAGCAUUCUACCUUCGUGGGCAAGAUCUGGCUGACAGUGCUGAUCAUCUUCCGCAUUGUGCUGACUGUGGUAGGGGGCGAGUCCAUCUACCACGAUGAGCAGAGCAAGUUCAGCUGCAACACUGCGCAGCCAGGCUGCGAGAAUGUCUGCUACGAUGCCUUUGCGCCUCUGUCGCACGUGCGUUUCUGGACCUUCCAGGUGAUCCUCAUCACCGCCCCCAGCAUCAUGUACCUGGGAUUCGCCAUGCACAAGAUCGCCCGCAUGGAUGAUGUCGACUACAGACCACGGCAUCGGCGCAGGGCAGCACUGAUCCACCGGGAUGCCACCGAGGACGAUGGUGAGGAGGACCCCAUGAUUACUGUAGAGAAGGAGCCUGAGAAGAAGGUGAAGAAGGGCAGGGUGCCUGAGAAGCGGCAUGAUGGGCGGCGGAGGAUCAAGCGGGACGGGCUUAUGAAGGUCUAUGUGCUGCAGCUGCUGUCCCGCGUCACCUUUGAGGUAGGCUUCCUGGUGGGCCAGUAUGUACUGUACGGCUUUGAGGUGCCUGCCUCUUACAUGUGCAGCCGUGGGCCUUGCCCCCACACCGUGGACUGCUUCAUCUCCAGGCCCACAGAAAAGACCAUCUUUCUGCUGGUCAUGUAUGGCGUCAGCCUGCUCUGCCUGCUGCUAACCGUGCUGGAGAUCCUGCACCUGCUCGUGAGCAGUGUCUGUGACUGCUUACAGCACAAGCGCCCCAUAGUGGCUGCCCACCGGUCCACACCAUGCUUUCGGGCUGCCUCUGCACCACCAGAGUACCUGAUGGCCCUGAAGAAGGGCUGUAUUCGGAAACCACACAUUCUGCAGGACUCAGGUCACGAGUCUCUGAGCUACGAGGCGCCAUCCCAUGAGCUGGAGCGCCUGCGCCGCCACCUGAAGCUAGCUCAGCAGCACCUGGACCUGGCCUACCAGCACCAAGAGGCAAGCCCAUCUCGCAGCAGCAGCCCUGAGUCCAACGGCACUGCUGCUGAGCAGAACCGCCUCAACUUUGCGCAGGAGAAGAGGCGGGGGCCCUGUGACAAAGGUAUCAGAGCAUAGACAUCCUGUCCCCUGGCCCAACCAGAGUCUGUUCUGUCACCUGCCUCACUGGGGAAGCUGUCCUGGGAUGAGCUACUGGAAGUGUUUGUCUGUCAGUAUGUCUGUGGUGACCUGCCCUGCCCUGCAGGGAACAAGAGGCUCAUGGGCUUAAUGGUCAACAUCUCAAUGCCUAUUGAGAGCCUGCCCCCUAGUGGUCUUCUACUUGCACAGUGUGCACAGGCUGUAUUCUGCUCCACAAUGUGGCUCAUUUUCUAAGAAUAAAAGGGUGAACCUCAGCACCUAUCACUCAUACUGUGAAGCAUUUCUUUUGGUAUCUUCUAUGGUGGGACCAGAAGGACAGACUUGCCUCUUUUCUGUUAGAGUAAUGGUUUCCAUGGGAAUGCACCUGGUGUAGCUGUGAGAUGAGGUCUUCACAGAAGGGAACUUGGGGCUUUGAGCAGAAACAAGGGUGCUCAAUCUGGUCACUUUUGCAAGAAUUGGACAGCAGUCACUCCCAAAUGGGAAGUGGUGUGACCAGGGGCGGAUUAAGGUGUACAGAGGCCCCUAGGCUACAGUAGUCUGUGGGGCCCCCAACCCCGCCCCCCUCCACGCCAAUGGGGGCCCCCGUGCAGGCUGGCACACGUGGGGCCCCUAGGCUUAAGCCAUAUCUAGCCUGUGCGUUAAUCCGCCCCUGGGUGUGACCACUGUGUCCCUGGAAGAAGCUUGAAUGUUGCUCAGCACUGCCCCCUUGUGGGUGACUGCGACUUCUUUGACUCUUCUUUUUUUUUUCUCGUUUCUCUUUAUGCUAGAAGGUUUGUGGGACUGUGGAUCAGAAAUUAGAAUCUUUUUCAUAAACUGACCCUUUCGUUAGAGACUCAAGGAGCCAAUUUUGUUCAUGUUCACUGCUGGCUGAUCUGGUCCAGCCACUUGUAGGGAUGAAAGGGCUUCUAUGCAAGUUCCUGAACACUAACUACUGAGUUACGGACAGAGUAUUGUAAUGUCUGCCUGUCCUGAUAUGUACAUUGCUGUACUCUAUAUGUCCCUGUUUACGUUCUGAUUUCACUGACAGUUUUUGGCACUGAACAGUGGUGGUUAUUUGAAGAGGGCAGCAGCUUGUCAGAACUCUCAUCUUUAAGACCCAGAAAGAGCCCCCCUGCAGGACAUCAUAGGCAUUCCUUGCGUUUGACAUUUCAUGCCAUGCCUUUCAAACCAGUAUUUUGGACAUUUCAUGGCCGAAUGGGAAAGUUUUGUAUGCAUUUUGUACCAGUGAUAUUUGUUAAUGUUUCUUAUGGAAAAUAAAGUUUUGUUUUUUUUCCCCAA